AUGAAGCUUCAGUUAUAUUGUUUGCAGGACGUCAAAAAUGCGCCAGUUGCUUUUCAGAAAGUGGAUUCUGAUUGCAAGAAUUCAGCAAUGUAUAUCUGUAAACUACACAACAGCAGACAUCUUGAACACAUCCUGAUGUUUACUCAAGGACAGUGGAGUGAUGAAAAAGAUGAUUUAAAUAUUGACAUCUUCAUUGUGAAAGGAAGGAAUGAUAAACACAAGUUGUGUACUUUGAAUAAAACUGAAAGCUGUUUUCAAUGGACAAAUUCUGAUAGCUCAGUGAAACUAUCCCAUUCCAACAAGAUGACUUUAGAAGCUGUUGUGACCUGCCCAGAUAACACAAUCUCAAGUGAAACCUCCGAGAAUAACCCAGUAUCCAGUCCAGCAUUCACAAGAAUCUCUCUCAAAGAAAGUCAACAGAUGAAGCAAAUCAAUGAAAACACACCUGCCACAGUGUUAGCUUGUGAAGUAAAAUCUCCAUUGCCAGCUAAAAACCCUAAGAAAAGAAAACAGACUGAAGAAACAACGCCCAAGCUGAAAGCUAGACGGCAAAAAAUGGCAAUGAAAGCCUUGAAUCAGAAUACACCACCAUCUAAGCAAGCACUCACAGAGCUUACAGACUCCAUUGCUGACAUAGCUUCAAAGGGAUCAGUCUCCAGGAUUACUCGAUGUGUUGAUUUGUCUGCACGAGCUCCUAAACCUAGCAACAGAUGGGGCCAUACCAUGUCUUUGGUUAAAAGCAAACUGGCUGUGCUUAUUGGUGGUCAGGGAGAGAAACAGCUGAGCCGUGAUUCCAUUUGGAUUCUGGAUCCUGAGAUGAGGACAUGGAAGUGUCCCACUGUGACAACAGAAGGCUCCAAGCCAGAGUUUAGAAUCGGCCACAGUGCAACCUAUGAUCCAACUAUGAGGUGUAUCUACAUUUAUGGAGGAUCUAAAAAUGCCAAAUGGUUUCAUGAUGUCUACAUGUUUGACCUUGAUGAAAACAAAUGGACUCUUGUUAAGGCCAGUGGGAAGGCUCCUACUCGAGCCUACCAUAGUACCACUUUGUACAGGCAUGAACUGUGGAUAUUUGGUGGAGUGUUUCCAAGGCCAGAUCCACAGCCGGAUGGGUGUGACAAUGAAGUGCACAUCUUCAGUCCUGUCAUGGAGAACUGGUACAGGCCUAUUGUGACAGGAGAGAAGCCUCAGCCAAGAUCUGGACACUCUGCAACACUGAUCAAUGAUCUCCUAGUCAUUUUUGGAGGAUGGGACUUUCCAUACUGCUACAAUGAUUUGUUUAUUCUGGAUUUGACCACUGUGGACUGGUCAGCACCUAAAGUUCUUGGGAAAGCACCUAAACCAAGAAGCUGGCAUGCUUCCUGUGCACUGUCUAAUAACCGGAUUUUCAUCCAUGGUGGAUAUGACGGGGAUAAUGCUCUCCAUGAUGCCUUUAUAUUUGAUCUGGACGGUAAAUCCUGGCAGAAUAUAUCCUUAGAGAAUGCCCCAUCAGCCAGAGCAGGACAUGCCUGUUUGCGUCUACCCUCAGACUAUGAAAACAAAGAGGAAGAUGAGAUCAUUGUCUUUGGGGGAGGUGACAAUGAUGGUAGUUACUACAAUGACAUGCUAUCAUUUUAUGUCCCCUUCAACCCCCAGAUCCUGGAUACUUGUGAAUAA